AUGAAGUUACCUUUCUCACUCGUAUCUUUGAGCACUCUUGCGAGUGGACUGUUGAUGAUGGCCACAUCGCCAGCUUCCGUCCAGGCUUCUGGAUUCUACGAAUCGCUCGACAACCACGACAACUUUAUCGUCGCCCACGGAUGGGGGCCCGAACGCUGGGGCGGCGGGACAAAGAUCACAAUAGGCAAAGACUCUGACCUCAAACCCUUUUCCUGUGGUGAACUAAUCCACAAACGCCAUAACCUCGGCUACGGCCGCUACUCAAUUGACAUGAUCGCCUCCAACACCGUCGGCCAAGUCACCUCCUUCUUCCUUAUCGCCAACGAGGUCUCUGAAAUCGACAUCGAACUGACCGGACUCAACAACAAAGUUGGAUGGAUGAACGUCUGGCAUGAUCAUAAACAGAACCCGGUCGCCAUCAAUCUACCCUUUGAUGCCUCGAAGGGUUGGCACAACUAUGCGUUCGAAUGGCUUCCGAACCGUAUUGUUUGGUUUGUCGAUGGAAAGGUGGUUCUGAACCGAACAGAUGUUAUGACGGCCAGGCCGGAGGAUGCGAAUUAUAAGCUGGCGGUUAAUUCGUGGACCCAGGUGCAGAAGGAGGUGAAUAUUGACUGGGCGGGCAAGUUUCGGUACCCGGAGGAUGGGUCCAUUCCGUCGGCGCAGUUCAAGAACAUGAAGUAUUCUCCCUUUGAUGACCCGUUGGAGAGCUCGCCCGACCCCGCCGUGGGUGACAAUAACAACAACAACAACAACAACACCAACAACACCAACAACAACAACACCAACAACAAUAACAACAAUAACAACAACAACAACACCGACAACAAUAACAACAACAACAACAACAACACCAACAACGCGAAUCAGCAGGAUGGAAACAGUAACAUGAACACCAACCAUGACGGUGGCACGAAGGAUGGGCAGCGUUCGGGUGCGGAUGAUACCAAGGCUCUAUUUACUCAAGGGUUCACAGCUAUCAUCGCCGUCGCCCUCACCUUCACCAUCCUCUUUUAA